AUGUAUUCUGAUAUUGAAAGUGGUGGGGCAGUAACAUCCAGCUCAAGAAAAUUGAUUGGAAAAUUGUAUAUUUCAGAGGAUUUAUUAGAUUCUGAAAGCCGCUCAUUCCCUGAAGAUAAGCUGGAGCUUGAAGAGCUAAUUGAAGGCCAUUUAUUAUUAGGCCUUUUCUUACAGAAAUCAGAGAUAAGCCGGCUAUCAAGAUUAUUUACAUUAAUUACAAUUCUAUUCUUUGAGCUCGGGCUUCAAGGACUUUUAUUUUUCUCCUACGAAAAAUUUGAUCCUGAAGCCUACACAGAAGCCAUUUUUUCAGAAUUUUCUAGUAAGUUUUUUGGGUAUGCCAUUUUGGCGGCCACAAUAGCGAUGCCUAUUGAAGCCUUUAUGCUGAUUUUAUUGAGUAUUAACAAAAAAGAAAAGUCUGGGAAGUUUUUGGUUUUUACUGGUCUUGGAGUAUUGAUUCUUAUUGGAUCAAUUACAGGGAUUUAUAUGAUAGAUUACGGAUAUAUGUAUUGGGCUAUAUGCUUGGCAAUAGAAGUUAUAUUAGAGAUAUGCGUAGUUGAAAGCUUCUUGAUGUUUGUCAGAUACUUUAUGAUUCAGGGCUUUGGAUCGAUGAAAUAA